AUGAUGCUCACCAACCUCCUGACGCUGGCCGCCCUCGCGAAGUCUUCGCAGGCUGCGCAGUCUUCCCUUGUCUCUGGAACCGCACCAGGUUUCGCAUCAGGUGUGACAGGCGGAGGCGACGCUGCUCCGGUUUACCCUACCACCGUUGCCGAGUUGACCGAGUACCUCACCUCGUCAUCCCCACAAAACAUCGUGAUCAAGGAUACCUUCGACUUUGUUGGCUCCGAAGGCACCAAAACUGAAAAGGCAUGCAACUCAUACUCUUGCACGCCAGAGGAGAACGGACAAGCCUUGCUGAACACCCUUGAUGGAUGUGGAAGCACAGCCACAUACGAUGUAACUGUCGAUGUUGCCGGCAUGGUCGGCAUCAAUGUUGCAUCUGAUAAGACACUGAUUGGCCAAGGCUCCGGCGCCGUGCUGAAUGGCAAAGGACUCCGCUUUGUCGAUGUCUCCAACAUCAUCAUCCAGAACAUCGCGAUCACCAAUCUCAACCCCAAAUACGUCUGGGGAGGUGAUGCCAUUUCAUUCUCUGAUACCAGCAAGAUCUGGAUCGAUCAUGUCACGACUUCCUCUCUGGGCCGACAGCAUUACAGCUUUGGAACGGGCUCAGACAAAGCCAUCACCAUCUCGAACAGCUUCAUAAAUGGCAAGACCGACUAUUCAGCCACCUGCGAUGGUCACUCGUACUGGGGCCUCGAGCUGGUCGGCUCAGAUGACCAAAUCACUUUCUACAGUAAGUUGAAAUACAUCCGAGUUUAUCAUGAGUCCGCAAAUCAGUGGCUAACAAUUCCAGAAAACCACGUUUCCUACACUUCGGGCCGCACCCCCGCGCUCAGUGGCACUACCCUCUUCCACGCCGUCAAUAACGUGUGGGCAGACAACAGCGGGCACGCGCUCGAAGGCACCAGCAAGGGCAAGGGUCUUUACGAAGGAAACCUGUUCAACAACGUGCCAAACAUUGCGGGAUCGGAUUUCGUUGGCCAGCUCUUCAGUUCUCAGGAAGCUGAUGUCGGCAAAUGCGCGGCAUCCCUGAAGAGAGAUUGUGUCACCAAUGAAUACACAAACUCCGGCACUUUCAACUUCAGCGACACCGGAUUCUUCAGUGAGCUGGAGAGUCUUUCUAUUGUCGCUGCCGAGCCGGUAUCCUCGAUCAAGGACAGCGUCAUUGCUGACGCCGGUAACACCCUCUAA